UGCAGGAGGAAGGAGGAGGCAGAAUCGGGGACACACAGAGCAGACAUGGACUUGCAUUGUGACUGUGCAGCCGAAACUCCGGCAGCAGAGCAGCCCUCCGGGAAGAUUAAUAAAACUGCUUUCAAAUUAUUUAAGAAGAGGAAAUCGGGUGGCACCAUGCCCAGUAUAUUUGGGGUAAAAAACAAAGGGGAUGGGAAAAGCUCGAGUAAAACGGGGAUGGUGAGAAGCAAGACUCAUGAUGGAUUAGCCGAGGUGUUGAUGCUGGAAAGCAGCAAGAAGGAGGAACCGAGCAGCGGUGGGGGCAGUGCUGGUGGCGGCAGCGGCAGCGGGGACCGGCUGAACGCGGAUACCCACCCCAGAGCUGCGGUGACCAGUGUGAGUUCUUUAGCCAACAGCUCGGUGGCCAAGUCGCACAGUUUUUUCUCGCUGUUAAGGAAGAAUGGGAGAUCUGAGAAUGGCAAAGGAGAACAUGCAGAUCAAAACAAGGCUGGCAGCAAACAAAAGAAAGGGCUGAAAGGGAUCUUUAGCAGUAUGCGCUGGCAUAAGAAGGAUAAACAUGGAAAGGAAGAGGAAAAGGAGGAACCCUCUGAAAUCCAGUCUAGCCUCAUUCUACCUGGCUCGUUAACAGCCAGCUUGGAGUGUAUCAAGGAGGAAAUUCCCAAACCUUUGUGUGAACCUGAAAACCCCACCAAGGAAAUUAGAAAAGAGCCAUCCUGUGAGUUCCGGGGGGGAGAAGAGGUGAACGCAUCAGUGGACAAGCCUGAAGUGAGGAAUUCUGGGGAGUCACUCAGCCCGGUGUUACAUAACAACAAAAACACACAGAGAGAGGAUGCCACUGGGCAUCGGCAUGAGGAGAGGCACCGAGAGUCGCUGGAGCCCGGGACUGGGGAGAUCCGGACAGCCCAGGAUACAGCUAGAACAGGCUGUGGAGAUAUUAUUGCGGACCAGGAGGAUGAGGCAGGUGCCAGCUGCGACAAGAAUGCCUCUGGGACGGGCAAGCCGGCUCCCUCCAAAAAGAACCCCAACAUGGUGGCCUACCAAGGAGGAGGAGAGGAGAUGGCCAGCCCAGACGAAGUGGACGACACCUACCUCCAGGAAUUUUGGGAUAUGUUAUCCCAGACAGAGGACCAAGAAGCACAAGAGCCCCAAGGUGUCACAGCCAAGGCAGCAGCAGGAGCAGCAGCCAAGGAAACCAAGGUAGCCCCUGAAUCCUCCAAAGAUGGGAAGGGUAAGGAAGGAGCUAGGGAUGGCUCCCUAGUCAAAAGGAGUAGGAUCCACCGUAUUCCCAUUGAGCUGCAUCAUAAGGAGGAUCUGAAGCACCGGGAAAAGGAGCAACAGGAAGGUGUCCCCAACAGUGAUGAGGGCUAUUGGGAUUCUACCACUCCUGGCCCUGAGGAAGACAGCACAAGAACUAUCCAAAAGGAAGGGAUCCCUAGGGAUAGCUACAGUGGGGAUGCUCUAUAUGAUCUCUACACAGAUCCAGAGGAAAAUCCAGCAGGUCUACCCUCUGAUGAAGAAGUGUCUGGCUUGUCCCGUUCAAAGCCAGUGUCUCCAAUAACCAUAACCUGCCCCUUGAAAACACCUGGCAGUUUGCUCAAGGACUCUAAGAUCCCCAUCAGCAUCAAACAUUUAGCAUCCCUUCCUGCCAGCCAUCCUGUGGUGCACCAUCACCCGACCAAGAGUGAGAUCCCGAGAACAAAAAUCCCUGUUUCCAAAGUGCUGGUCCGGAGGGUCAGCAACAGGGGUUUAGCUGGGACCACUAUCAGAGCAGCAGCCUGUCAUGAUGGUGCCAAAAAGUUGUAA